UCACCAUGUUGGCCUGGAGGGUCUUGAUCUUUUGACCUCGUGAUCCACCUGCGUCGGCCUCCCAAACUGCUGGGAUUACAGGCGUGCCCAAAAGUCUCAGCCCUCUCAUCAGAAGCUAGUGUUUCUGGUAAUCAGAUCCCACCCUGAAGCUUUCUUAGGGCCCACCAUGAAUUACCUUAUUAGCAUAACAAAGACCCCUGCCAGGAAAUUCCAAGUGUUUUUAAAGUUCUGUGUGGGGCUAUAUUAUACCUCAGCCAAAGAAUCUUCCCCAUAUGAAUUUAUUUCUCUCAGGAGACCUUUAAUGGAGGCUAGAAAAUGAUCCACUUCAUGUUGUACAUAUUGUCUGAUAUACUUAUCUCUUAUAUACACACAUGCAUACUUAUAUAGAUACAUGUAUAUCAUAUAUAUGUAUAUAAGUAGACUUACGUGCGCAGAUAUGGCUAGUCAUGUUUUAAUAUGGAAAAUAGCCCAACCAUUGUAUAUUUACCAGCCUUUCCAGGUGAUUCUGAUCCACAUCCGUGUUUGAGUAUCAUUGUAGUAACUUAUUUGUAUAGUUACCUUCCUCUGAUUCCUGCAUUAUCUUACCAAUUUCUGCUGCUUGCCUGUCCACUUUUUCAGAUUACACAGAUAUCCUGUGAACCCUGUGCCAUUUACCUAGUAGAUACUUUUCUCACUUUAAUUUUUCCAUUUCUCUUAUAAAAGUUCGACUUUUCACAAAUAGGAAGAAAGAACAUUGAUCAUUUUAUUUUCUUUCAGAUCUGGAAUCAAUGUGUGAAACCAAGUUAUUGUCUCUAAAGAAGGAAGUUUAUGAAAUAGAAUUAUGCCAGAGGGAGAUAAUGGGACUGCCAAAGUAUGGCCUUGAGUACUCUAGUUUUGGAGAUGUUUUGGAAUAUAGAAGCCACCUUGCAAAACAACUGGGAUAUCAAAAUGGGCAUUUCAGUCCAGAAAUAUUCACUCCUGAAUACAUGCCCACAUUUAUUCAACAGACAUUCCUUACUCUCCAUCAAAUAAUUAAUGAUGAACACAGACCCUAUGAAUGUAAGAAAUGUGGAAAGGCCUUUAGUCAGAACUCACAAUUUAUUCAACAUCAGAGAAUUCAUAUUGGUGAAAAAUCUUAUGAAUGUAAAGAGUGCGGGAAAUUCUUUAGUUGUGGUUCACACGUUACUCGGCAUCUGAAAAUUCAUACUGGUGAAAAACCCUUUGAAUGUAAGGAAUGUGGAAAGGCCUUCAGUUGUAGCUCAUACCUUUCUCAACAUCAGAGAAUCCAUACUGGUAAAAAACCCUAUGAAUGUAAGGAAUGUGGGAAGGCCUUUAGUUAUUGCUCAAAUCUUAUUGACCAUCAGCGAAUUCACACUGGUGAAAAGCCUUAUGAAUGUAAAGUAUGUGGGAAAGCCUUUACUAAGAGCUCACAACUUUUUCAACAUGUGCGAAUUCAUACAGGUGAGAAACCCUAUGAAUGUAAGGAAUGUGGGAAAGCCUUUACCCAGAGCUCAAAGCUUGUUCAACAUCAGAGAGUUCACACUGGUGAGAAACCCUAUGAGUGCAAGGAAUGUGGCAAAGCCUUUAGUAGUGGCUCAGCACUUACUAAUCAUCAAAGAAUUCACACUGGUGAGAAACCCUAUGAUUGUAAGGAAUGUGGGAAGGCUUUUACCCAGAGCUCACAGCUUCGUCAGCAUCAGAGAAUUCACGCUGGUGAGAAACCCUUUGAAUGUCUUGAAUGUGGGAAGGCCUUUACUCAGAACUCACAACUUUUCCAACAUCAGAGAAUUCAUACUGAUGAAAAACCGUAUGAAUGUAAUGAAUGUGGAAAGGCCUUUAAUAAAUGCUCAAACCUCACUCGACACCAGAGAAUUCACACUGGUGAAAAGCCCUAUAACUGUAAGGAAUGUGGGAAGGCUUUUAGUAGUGGCUCAGAUCUCAUUCGCCAUCAGGGAAUUCAUGCUAAUGAAUAAUAAAAAUUAAAGCUCCUGUCACCUUCCUCAUAUUUUAAACCAAAAUUCACAUGUAAUAGUUACCCUCUUUCACAAUUUUUUAUAACUUUGUAUUUAAAUGUAUUUACAAGUUAUAAAUUCAGAGUCUAAAUUGAGAUUCCUUCUCCCCGGCCCUCCAUCAUAUACCAAUGCCAGUUGUUCUAUGGUUCUUUCUUUCAUUGUUUGGUUCUGCUUUCUUGGUGGUGCAUUAUACUCUUGUUUAUAUUUGCUUGUGUUUUUAGGGCUAUCUUUUCUGAUUUGUGUAUUUGUGUUUGCACCAGUAUCGCGCUGUUUGAAUUGUGUUACCUUUAAUAUUUUUAAAUUCCUUGUGAGUCAUAACUUUGUUUUUGAAGUCAGUGUUAAUCUUUUAGUUUUAUUUUACAAAUUUACGCUUUUAGUUAUUAAGCCAAAAAUCACAAAAAAUUGCAAACUAAAAAGCAAAAAAUAAUUGUAAUCAUACUCAUAGAUGGCUACUCUCAAUUUGGUAAAGAGAAUCUUGCUGUACUUUGCUUUUUGAGAAAGUAUAAUUAUGGUGUGCGUGCUGUAUCUUUAACUGCUUUUAUCAUGCCAAAAAAUUCAUGAGUGCCAUUUCAAUAAACAUAGAUUUUUAUUAUUUUCAUGACAUUUAAUGACUUUAGAAUGACUCUUCAUGUUAUGGUUACCUCGAAAUUUUUGCAGCUAUAAAAGCUGACUUCCUUAUUA